ACGUCGCAUAUUUUCAAGCACACAUCAAAUUCACAAUGGCUGAACCUGAAGUGAAGAGGGUGAUCAAGCUGGUUCCUGAAAACUUGUUGAAGAAAAGAAAAGCGUAUCAAGCCAUCAAAGCCACACAGGCCAAGCUUGCGUUGUUAGAAAAGAGAAAGGUAUGUAAAGGUAAACCGUUGAAGUUCAAGCGCUUGGAAGACUUUCUGAAAGAGAGCCACCGCAAACACCGCGAUGAGACUCGCAUCAACAGAGCUCACCGCCGGCCAGCAGCGCCGCUGCCCCCUGCCAAGAACAGACUGGUCUUCGCUGUUCGCAUCAGAGAGAUCAAAGGCGUGAGCCCCAGAGUGAUGAAGGUGGUGCAAAUGCUGCGUCUGAGGAAGAUCUUCAGCGGGGCGUUCGUCAGAGUCAACAAGACCAGCAUGGCCAUGCUGAAGAUGGUGGAGCCAUAUGUAGCCUGGGGAUUUCCCAACCUGAAGUCUGUGCGUGAGCUGAUUCUGAAGAGAGGACAGGCCAAGGUAGACAGGAAGAAGGUUCCUCUCACUGACAACACCCUCAUAGAGAAGCACCUGGGCCAGCAGGGGAUCAUCUGCCUGGAAGACCUGAUCCAUGAGGUCUACUCUGUGGGGAGGCAUUUCCGGACGGUGAACUGUUUCCUGUGGCCGUUCCGCCUGUCAGUGGCUCGGCACGCCGCCAGAGACAAGGCUGGGCUACUGAAGGACAUCGGCAACCCUGGUUACCGGGCAGCGGACAUCAACUCCAUCAUCCGCCAGCUGAACUGAGUCAGGAGUCUGCUGUGCCCUGGCUCCGGCAGCGCUGAACUCUUUACCUCUGCUGUAUUUAAUCACACCUUCAAUUUUUGGCGAUGGUGGGAGAGACGCAUCGUAUGGAGGUGUCUGCUGGCUGUGGGCCAUGCCCGGCCUUCCUUGAUGGGAUCAUCCCUCGUGUUCACCCCUUCCUUUCUGGGGGCCUUCCUUGAUGGGAUCAUCCCUCGUGUUCACCCCCUCCCUUCUGGGGGGGGGGGGGGGGGGGGGGGGGGUGAUCAUACCACACCAGCUCUGCUAUUUCCAUGGGCGUUUUGGUUGGAACUGAAACAUUCAGAUGUUCUGGAGUUCUACACACGAUGACGACUGCAUCAUCUUUUGUCAAAUGGACAGAAUUAUGCUUACUUUGUAAGGUUUAUGAAAAAGGUAACACCUGUUUGUUUUCCAAUAAAUAAAUAAAAUACUAAA